AUGCAGAGGGAAAGGCAAGGUAGAGAUGAUUUCUUUGCCAUGGGUGAUCCCUUUGGUAAUUUCCGGGGCUUUGGUAUGAUGCCGAGCCUAUUUGGAGGGAGGGAUCCAUUCGAUGACCCAUUCUUCACUCGCCCAUUCGGUAGCAUGUUUGAGUCUAGCAGGUUCAAUCCUCCAAGUGCUACUAGCAGGGAGGAAUUGCAGACCGAUAGAGCGAAGGCAUUAGUUAUAGAAGAAUUAGCAUCUGAUGAUGAGGGUGAAAAAGAAGAUGAUCAAACUGGAGAAGAGAAGAGUGACCAUCAAAAGCACAUUGGUUCAAGCCAAGAGCCAACUGUUGAGCAUCCUGAUGAUUAUCCUGAUGAGAGGGAAAACAACGCUGUGAAUUAUAGGAGUGAUUUUAAAAGGACCGAAGGAACAAAGCCACAGAUCCGCAGUUCCAGUUUUCAGACUUGCAAAGUUACAUAUGGGGGUAUAGAUGGAGCAUAUUAUACUUCCACUAGGAACAGAAGGACGGGCAGUGAUGGAGUGGUGAUUGAGGAGAGCAAAGAAGCAGAUAAAACAACUGGUCAAGCAACCCAUAGGAUUUCGAGAGGAAUAAAUGAUAAGGGCCAUUCUGUCGCAAGGAAGCUUAAUCAGGAUGGCAAGGUGGAUACAAAGCAAACUUUACACAACUUGAAUGAAGGAAGGCUAAUGUUGUUAGAUUUUCCAGAUGACCUUACUGGUUUUGAAGAAGCAUGGAAGGGUAAAGGACAGUUGCCAGCUGGCUGGAGUGAUCAUUUUGAUAUGUAUGGCACUAGAGCCCUGAGGAUUCCAAAUUGCCUGUCCUGUCAAUUAUCACGAGAGUCAAAAUUAGGAACAUUUCAUAUUGAAGCUGGAAUGAACGAUGAGAAACUUUUCACAAAAUUAGCAUGCUCUAGAGGCUGUGAUCAGAAGGGCGUAGGAGCCUGGGGAGGUUGGGCUCUUCCAUCCACAAGGCAAGCCUGGAGUGCUGGAGGAAUGGGAUCAGAAUCCAAGCCCGGCACUAAUGCUUCUGGAGGAAGAGCCAAAAAUGUCGCUAAUUUCCAAGCAGUAGUUUCUGCUGUUGAAGACAAUUAUAACAUUGUAUUGGGGGACAUGAAAUUAAUUUGGUUAGAUCCAAAAGAUUUGAUACCCAAGGAGCAUGGAUUCACAGAAUCGAAACUCAAGAACAAUGCUAAUCUAUCUUCAGGAAACCCCAGGAUCCUUUCUAGAUCUGUGUUGGUUGUUGGGGACCUUCGGGCAAGAGGGCAUCCGUCCGCUUACCUUAUUUUAUUGGUUGUUAUACGGAUCCAUAAAACUAAGACCUCUGGCAUUAUUCCCUGCCCUCCUGAUCAAUAG